AUGGCAUGCUCAAAAAUAUUUUCAGGAGAUUUACCAGAAUUAACAAAUGAAAUUAUACAGUAUUUUAGAAAAGAUUUUUCAACAUUGUAUUCAUGCAUUUUAAUUAAUAGAUUAUGGUGUCGUUUAGCCAUUCCAUUAUUAUGGGAAGAUCCGUUUCCAAAAAAGUAUCUAUUUUCAAAGAUACAUCCCACAAAUUACCACUUUAUUGAAAUUUACUUAAGUAAAUUAAAUGAAGAUAUCAAAACAAAAUUAUAUGAAUAUGGAGUUAAUAAUAAUUUAAUAAUUUCAAAUACAUUAUUAUUCAAUUAUCCUAGUUUUAUUAAAUACUUGAAUAUAGAUAAAAUUUUAAAUUCUGUUCAAACGUGGGUUUAUACCGUAGUGGGUAAAAAUCAAGAACUAGUAAACUUAAUUUAUGGGUCAUUACUUGAAAUGUUUAUUGAAAAUGAAGGAAAUUUACAUUCUUUUGAAGUUAUACUGCCUAUAUGUUAUGAUGUUAAUUAUUUUAAUAAGAGUAUAGACUUGAUUUUACAAAAUCCAAACCUUACACAUAAUAUUAGAAAUUUAACAUUCCGUAUUUAUAAUUAUAAUAAUCAAAAUAUUAUUAAAUUAUUGAAAUUUUUAUAUUCUAAUUGCAACUCAAUCUCAUCAAUGGCUUUAGAUUUUCCUAAUUAUGGUGAUGAUUAUUCAUUAAUAAGUGAAAAAUGUCUAACACAAAUAUAUAUUUCACAAAAUAAUCUUAAAAAAAUUUCAUUUGGAUCUUUUGUUAAUUUAUAUAAUCCAUUUUUAACAUUAAAAAAUUCUAAUUGUUCAAAUACUUUAAAUACAAUUAUAUUUUAUUUCAUUGAUUUUAAAAAUAUAAUUAGUAUUUUACAAGAAGUUUUUGAUCAAUUGAAUGUUUUAGAAUCUAUUCAUAUUCUUUAUUGUAAUUCUUUAAAUUCUGAUUUUGUUCAACAAAUUAUUAAGGUUAAUAACCCUUUUAAAUUAAGAUCUUUGUUUAUUAAUAAGAUAUUACAUUUUGAAUCAUUACAAUUGCUAUUACAGAAAUUUAGUGAUUGCCUAGAAAAUUUUGGAUUUGCAUCUAUGAUGUUUAAUGAAUAUAAUGAACCAAAACGACAAUUAUUUGAAUUUAUUACAAAAUAUUGUAAAAAUAUUAGAUAUUUUGAAUCGGGAAUACCUGAUGAUAAUAUUAUUUAUUUAUUCAUUGAAAAUAAUCAAAAUAAUAUUAAUUAUCUUACUAUUGAAGCAAAUACUUAUAAUACUGAUUAUGAGGAAUUAAGUUCAAUUGUAUUACAGAAUUUAGGACAGGUUCUUCCUUCUAAAUUAGAAUAUUUAUGUUUAUCCCUUUCAUUUACCAUAAGCGAUCUGGAAAUAUUUUUAAAAAAUUCACAAAAUACUUUUAUUAAGAAAUUAUUAAUUAGUGAUAUUGUGGGUCGUUUAGAUAAUGAAUUUUUAUUUACUUUAAGAAACGAAGUAAAUGAAUUUAAAUUACAUAAUAUUAUAGUUAAAGAAUUCCAUGACUUACAUUCUAGUCCAUAUAUUUUUAUAGAUAAUUAUUUUUAA